UAAAUAGUUCAGCUGCGGGAAAAGAGUGCCUUGAUUGAAGAAAACACCGCAUCCGACUUAAAAUCGGCGCUGGAGAGUGUCCCGAAAAAAAAUCCCCGUGACGCCGAGAUAAACCGUGCAGCAGCGCAUCCGGAUUGCCGAUGUGACCGUGGUGCUAAAAAACGGCCAUAGAAAAAUCCGAAAACCGAGGAAAGAAACGCGUGGAACCAUCAACCCGCAGUACGCCGCAGGCUGAGCGCUGCGCAUCCGCCAGAACCAUCAUGGCCAGCCAAGCGAUAAUGGACACACAGCCAGCUACCGAAAGCCAAGCCGUUAGCCAGUGCACGCUGUUGGAGAGCCAGCCACAGGAGAAGCGCGUUUACGGGCGGCUGUGCGCUAAGAACGUGCAAAUCAGAAGCCUCGGUACUAAAUCCCCCAUCUUCUACAUUUCUCCGCUUGCUUCGACCACCAGUGGCUACGAUCUUCGCGAUGGCGUGUUUUCAGUCGGUCGCGAUUCUAAUUGUCAGCUGUCCUUGGAUACGGAGCACAUGCCCGAAAAAAAACUGAGCCGCGUAUCGAAGGUUCACUUUUCCAUCGAGAAACAGGAGGACGAAUUUGAUGCUCCAGUUUAUAUCACAGAUAAAUCCCGAAACGGGACCUACUUGAAUGGAAAGCUUAUCGGUACGAACCGGCAGAGGUUGCUGAAGGAUGGGGAUGUGAUUUCGAUCUGCUAUGCCGAGCUGAAGGCUUUUUCCUAUAUGGAGCUCCGGCUGACCGGCGACAGACUACAGCUGGCUCGCGAUCUGCCUGCAAAAUACUAUAUUGGCCGCAUCCUGGGGUCUGGUGCUUGUGGUGUGGUGUAUCUGCUCCAUCAUACCGAAACCUGCCAGCCAUUCGCAUUAAAGCAGGUAGUGAAACAAAAGAUGAGCGAGCAACAGACCCGACAACGAGCUCUCAACGAUCCCGCGCGUGUAAUGAACGAGGUUAACAUUAUGAAAAACCUUGAUCAUCCCUGUGUGAUUCGGAUGCACGAUAUCAUCGAUAAACCGCACUCACUGUACAUGGUCCUGGAGUACAUGAAGGGAGGUGAUCUACUUUCGCGCAUUCUCGCCAACAAGAGGCUGCCGGAGAAAACCUCCAAGCUGUUCUUCCUCCAGAUGUGCCACGCUGUCAAGUACCUGCACAGCCAAGGCAUUACGCAUCGGGAUCUGAAACCGGAUAACAUCCUACUGGCGGAUGAGGAAGAAUACACGUUGCUGAAAGUGUCGGACUUUGGGCUGAGCCGGUUCGUCGGUAAGAACUCGGUGAUGCGCACACUUUGCGGCACCCCCAUGUACGUGGCCCCGGAAGUGUUACUUACACGAGGGACCGGGAGCUACACGCCCAAAGUAGACAUCUGGGGCCUUGGCGUAGUCCUUUACACCAUGCUGAGUGGUACGAUGCCUUUCUCGGAUGAUUUUGGAACACCGGCCGUCGAACAGAUCAAGCGUGGCAAGUUCAGCUUCCGUCAUCCCAUCUGGCGGACCGUGUCAUCAAAAGCGAAAAAACUCAUCUACGAAAUACUAAACAUCAACCCAAAAGAACGACCAUCCAUCGAUACCGUGCUCGCCAGCACUUGGAUGCGCGAUCCGGACGUGAUCGCCGAGGCGGAGCGCUUGAUGGAAACGCAACUAACGAAGCGACGACCGCAGAUGGAACCUCCUCGCGCACCAAAUACGCUCUCCGAUGUGGAAAAUAACAAUACGGCCCGGUCCACUGCGGGCCGAGUUUUCCAACCACCCAGAAAGAAGCAGCGAGUGUGAUGGAAAUGGUGUCCGCAAUCCCGCAGAAAGCCAUCGUCAUAGUUCAAAUCUCGUCGUUACAGUUCUAAUCUCAGUGAAAAGGACACCGGGGCAACGGACCAGCUUCGCUGGGAAGCGGCAUAUUUUUGUAAUUGUUUUUAAUCAUUUUUUUUUUCGUAGCACCUGUUUUCAAUGUGCAAAAGCCUUCUUUUGUAGGCUUGCUAUUAAUUAAGUUUCGUCGCAUUCCACUUUGUGGCAACAACCUGUCGAAAUCACAGAGCAAUAGGUGUUCACAAAGGUGUAUCACUCCGAGUAAAAUUAUCCGUAAACAACAUUGUUGACUAAGCGGCCGCUGUGGGAUGCCGUGUUUAAUUUCGCUCUUUUUUUGUGUUCAUUUGUCGAACUGAUAAUGAAUAAGACAUACAGAAAGUUAGUAUACGUUGCAUUAGUUGACUUAAAGUAUAGCGGCAGACAAUCACCAAAAAUCCUGGCGUGGGCAACAAAGCGAACAAUCAAGUGAAGUAUGCUGUGAAUGUUAGAUGUUCUGCUGUCUACCCCAAUGUACUUCGUUAUACGUAAAUUUAGCAGUAAUUAUGAGUAUUCUUUGUGGAUACAAUGAGCAACGAACUGGUUUCAAUAGUGAACUAAACGAUUAAACAUUGAGUAGAGCUUUGAUUAGCAAAAUGCAAGGAACUGUGUUGCGCUUGUUGGUUCUGUUCCGUGUUAUGCUGAUUAUGUUAAAAGUAA